AUGCACCUGCUACCUGCUACAGUACCGUUCAUUGAUACCAUCCCAGACUGUCACGAAGAACGAAAGGGAAGACAGCCCCGUACGUCGACUAUUCGGAGGAAUGCAAGCACAAUGAGGACACCCCCACGGUCUGGAAAAGGGUGUUCUCUGACCCUUCUUACUACUCGCUCCAAUCUACUAAAGAACCGGGCCGACGCCAAACUUGUUGCGACGACGUGUUGUAGAACAGCCACUUGUCUCCAUGGAAAUGACAAUACAUUGUCUCUGGAUCUUGCUCCACAGACUCCCAGUCUCUCCGUGCACAAUGACAACAUUUUCUUCUUCAAUUUGAACCUCGAUAAACUUGAUCUUAUAGAUCAAAUCGAGAAGGGACUUCCACAGGCUUUCGCACUCUGCCACAAAACAUUCGAAGGAUCACCAAAACUGACGCGUCCGGGUUCGAAACAGAAGAGCUACAGGAAGUGA